CUCCUUUUCGUCAAAAUUUGAACGUAAAAUAAUUUGGUUAAUCAUUUUGAAGGUAAGGUCUUUACCCGUGCGGCUAUCUUGGACCCGUGGCUUAGCGCUUCCUGUCGGUCUGCAUCAACAACACACCUCUUUCCACCCAUCCAUCCACCUUUCCCUCCUCUCCUCCCACAACAACACCCACCGAUCAAUCCCAAAUUUUCCAGACCGACCUCAACCUGCUCUUCUUCGCUCUCGAGCCGACAGCUUUCAAUACCAAGAACACCUCUUCAAAAACAAAUCACUCACACAUACGUAAGUCCAUCUCUAUCUCUAAUCGGCGCAUGUCGCAUUGUCUGUCGCGGACGCGACUGGAAUGCGCCGACUCGUCGCAAACUCCCACCACGCACAAUUUUUACUCAUUCAUUUGCAGGAUAACAUGGCUCGCGAGGGUACCCGAUCCGCUACUGGUCAGUAACCUUUAUAUCCUCUUGUCGCUAUCGCUGCGCUUUUGCGAAGCUCAGCGCGUAUACCACGUCUUGCGAAGCUAUACUGAACUUCCCCGCAGGCAACAGCCGACCUCGUGUCUUUCCAACAAUCCCAGAGCCAACAGUAAAGAAGACAACCGCCAAUAGUGGCGCAAAGAGAGGUCCCAAGAAGGUUACCACCAAGGGCGUGAAGCCAGUAGGUGUUACCAAGAAGGCCCCGGCUGCGAAGAAGCCCUCUGUCGGUACUAAGGUUUGUGGAAGCUAUCUCUGACUUCUUUUGAGCUUUUCUAACCGAACUUCUAGGCAAAGGGUGCAGUCAAGAAGGUUGAAGGUGCAAUCACUGGCAAUGCGGCCAAGAAGGUACGUUUACAAAUAUUCUUUUGUUGUGGGAGCUGCCCUUGGUCUCGACGCGUCGAGUACCCAUGUCAAAGCGAUGUUCCGAAACAAGUUGUUUCAACAUCCUUCUCGAGCACAGCAAGAAAUCCAUGCAGACCUUCCUUGCUAUUCUUGUUUCUCCAAGUUCCCGAGUCCAUAUUCCUGUCGUCGCCAUCUUUCACAUAUCAACUUCUCUUUGGAGCAAAAUUGCUGACACUAUGUCUCUCCAGGCUGCAGGCACUAAGAAGAUGAAUGGGACUGAUGUCGCAGCUGGCAAGAAGGCAGCUGUUACUAAGAAGAAGAAGUAAACGUCUAGGAUUUUACGUUAUCUCUUCUACAUUGAAGACAUGCCUUCGCCAAACAGAGUCGAUUUCAUGUUGUGUUGUCUUUGUUUCACUAGACACUGACUGCUCAUGUCCACCAUAACCUUCAAUCUUCUCAUGUUUCAACUUGCUCUUCGCAAAUGAACAGAUACGAUACAUGACAGGCGUUUCUGGGGCGUUUUCUGCGGUUGCUAGUCUUGACUUUUGCUUCUAGGUCGGGCUGGCUGGGAUGGAUAUCAUGGAUUCUUUUGUUUCAUUUUCAAUUUUCACUUUUCCCACCAAAGGGAAGGAAUACACCAUUGUAAUACACCAUUCCUGUUCUUCUCUUUUCUCUUUUCUGUAGGGGGAGGAUCCUGUCUUUGCUCUACGACUUGAUUUCAAAACAGGAUUUUCGCACACGUGUGUCUAUUCCUUUGGAUUUCAUCUCGUUUUGUUAUUACGCUGGACUGGCUGCUUGGUGGUAGAGCUUGGUUUUGUUUGUUAAUAGUUCUUUUUUCUUCAAACCUGGAUGUGGAAAUGUUGGACCUUGGACCUUGGGAUCGCUUUGGGUCGGUCGGGAGGAAAUCGUACAUUACAUUCUUGAUGAGGCUGUUACAUACAAUGCUAUACUUUGAAAAGAUGAGUUUGUG